AUGAGCCCUACCUACGGCGUUUCUGGUACUCAGCGUACAGUCAAUACUGAGAAAUUCUUCAAAGAGCGUGCAUUGAAGAUCUCCACUGGCAAAGCCGGCAAAGACUUUGCUUUCAGCGAUGAUGAUUCCGUUAUCGCCUCCUUGGAUAAGACCGGCCGACUGCGCUUCUGGGAUAUCAAUGAUAUGCUUAACGAUGCGAGCUUCGUGGAAGGUCCUGCCCCUGCUGAGAUCCGGGUGCCCCUGACCACUUUUGUCACUGGCUCCCCAACUGAGAAGUCUUGGCCCACUUCCGUCCUCUUCCUCGAUAAACUUCGCGCUUUGUCUAUCAACCUCCACAUCCUACGUCCACAAAAUACUGCUAGCACGCAUUCCCUGAACCAUGUCUGGAACAUUUUCGAAGGUGGCAAAAUGGUUUGGGCUGGAGGUGGUACAUGUGAUCGUUGUCCGUCGGUCGCAUCACGGGGAUCUGCGCCUUAUCCAGUCUACAUUUCCUUCGGACCAUCCUACGGUACAUAA